CAUCCAUAUAAGGGCUGUGAUCAGUGUCAUGUGUGUGUCCCCCUGUGAAGACAGUGUCACCAGGUCUUUGUUCUGCAUCUGAGGAUCUGGCCUGAGGCACUGGCAUGGACUCGUGGGCUACACUGAUCCUUGGACUUGCCUUGUGUCUGGAGCAGAGGAUAUGGGCACACUAUGGGUCACUAGCCAAGCCUUCCAUUUGGGCAGUCCCAGGAUCUGUGAUUUCAGUGGGCAGCUCUGUGACCAUCUUCUGCAGGAUCCCUCAAGGGGUGGUGAAAGUGCGUCUGUAUUGUGCAGAACCUACACCAGAGCUGUAUACCCCAACCAUACAGGGAGCCCAGGACCUGGCUGAGUUCUCGUUCUUGCAUGUGACACAUGUCAAUGCAGGGAGUUACUACUGUGAAUACUGGGAUGAAAGGCACAUUUUUGAGCGCAGUGACAAACUCAGGCUUGUGGUAACAGGUAUCUACAAACAAAACCCCUCUCUGAUUGUCCAGUCAGACCCUGAGGUGGGAUCUAGAGGAAUUGUGACUCUCAUCUGUCAGAUACCUGAUUUCUACAGCUUUGUUUUGUGCAGAGACAGAGGGCCUUCCUUCCCCCAGAACUGUUCACAUCAGAACCACAACACGUUCUUCAUCUUCCCUGGGAGCCUGGUGGAAAGGACAAUCUAUACAUGCUAUGGCUCUCCUGAUGAAAAAUCCUAUCUCUGGUCACUGCCCAGUGAUCCCCUUGAGCUUCCAGUCACGGGUCCACCUGGUCACACUGCCGUUUGGGUUUCAAUUGCUGCUGUCUGCUUUCUCCUCCUCCUCCUCCUCCUCCUCUUCCUCUGCUUAUGUCGGCUUCGGGCCAAACGCAGGGCCACUGAUGGUGAGACCAGCAGCCAAGUGAAGCAUAACAGCUCCAGCCCAGCCAUGAACAUCGAGGAAGAGCUUACAUGUGAUGACUUUGAGACUAUCCAGUUUAAGGAGCAGAGACAGAUAGACACACAGGCCCCUGCAGCAGAAGACCCACAGGAGGUGACUUAUGCCCAGCUGCAUCAAGAGACCCUCAUGAAGAGCGUGGGCUCACUUCCUUCUAGUGCCUUUCAGGAUGCGUCCACACAGUCCUGCGUGUAUGCCACCCUCACUGUGUCCCAGGAGGAGAGUCAGCCACGACCAUCUUCCUCAGCUUCAGCCAGCAGCUUGCAGUCCCUUCAAAGACUUAAGGAGCUUUGUUAAUCCUGGGCCUCAUCAAACACGCCUCAUGAGACUCCUGUUUUAUUUUUUUUUUUAUUUGAAUGCUUAAUUGUUCAUUUAUUGUUGUACCCACCACAUGUUUGCACUUGACUCUUUCCUGGGUCUCAUGCUGGCUUCACAAGACAUGACUUCCUCCCUCUUCCUUGCGUCUCUCAGUACAGUGCCUGCCUGGCAGAGGCAAGCUGAAUGAUCCCGCCUCUUGAUGAUUGGUGAUGCCGAACACAUUUCCACAUGUGAGACUGUAUUGGUUAAUUUUGUUUAUCAACUUGGUGAGAUUUAGAAUCACCUUGGAGACACCCCUCUAGGGCAUUUGUAUAGACAUUAUAGGAGGUGGGGUGAUCCACCCUGUGUGUGUGGCACCAUCCUGUGGGUUGGUUUCCCAGACUGAAUAGGAAAAGGAAAGCGUGUGGAUCACCAGUAGUCAUCUCUCUCUGCUUCCUGGCUGUGGCUGCGAUGUGACCAGCUGCCUCAUGCUCCUGCCACCAUGGCUAUAGCCACUCUCACUGUCCCGUCUUUCCUGUUUUGAUAGACUAUGCCUUUGUGAGUCAAGACAAACCCUUCUUCAAGUUGCUCUGGUCAAAAUCAGGAAGUGACAGAGGUGGUGAAAAGAAAUUUUGGGUCACCAAACAGUAUGCUUAAGAAGAGACUUGUAGGCAGCAAGUCAAGACGAAAUGAGAAUUGUUUCCAACACUUGGUAUUGUGAAGAAUGUGUCAAUAAACAUGGGAGUGCAAGUGCUUUUUUAAAAUAA